AUGCACCCGAUGCGGUACACUCAUCAGAGUAUCUACACUCGAAUAGGGACUUCACUCUCUAUCAAUGUUUUAGCUGGUGUCGAUAUCUGUGACCAUCCGUCACUCAUAAUUCUCAGUCAAAAUAAAGGCCACCACUUUACUCUCAUGAGAAGUAUAAGUGGUGAACCCUUACUUAAUUUUGACGCAAACAACGGUGAAAUAAAUGAAGGAGAGUUUAUCGCUCGAAUUCGCAUCAUCUGUGAUAGCGAUCCUAGCAAGGACUUCGUUUUUGACCAGAUUGUUAUCGUGGUGCCAGCAUCGAAUCUUUUACUUUCAGAAUCUCACUCUUUCAGCGCAGCCUUUCUUUCUCCGCAGGCCAACGCGGAAUCGGUUGACAAGCCACAUACUGGGGUGUGUCUUCUCGAGAAUCUCACACACGAUAAUGUCGGUGUGUUUGAACCUUCUUUUUUAGACAAUUCGAGUGGUUUGAUGAUAGGGGGUCAGACAGUGGCGAGCGACUCUUCCUCCUUUAAAAUUCGAUGUGGCGAGCAAGACUGGACGCCGUUUUUACCUUAUCCUGAGGAGGUCAUAUUUUUUUCGGAAGAUCAGCAGCCGAAUAAUGUGUGCCCUGGUAUCUUUAAUUAUGAGUACUUUCUUAACGCAGACGGUACCUUCAGUUCCAAGCUAUCGAGUCUCUCAGCACGGGCGUCAGGCCAGCCAAGCAGUUUUUGCCUUAAUAAUCAGUUCACAAACGCAACUCUCAUCACGAAGCCGAAGGCAGGGUCGAUUUCAGACUUUGAUGCACAUCAGGGCACCUUUUUAUAUACCUCAUUCACCCCUUCUGUCUCUCCUGAUGUGGAUUCUUUCAACUUCACUUUGACCUGCACUGCAAGUCCUUUUAACGCAUGCAAGGCCACUGCUCGGAUCUCUAUCUUACCUGCACCAGAUAACUCGACGAUCUACCAUGACAAAAGCAACCUUAUCACCUGUAAGGGGUCCUGUGUUAAGGGUAAUUCCACUCGCAAAGAUGGACGUGCAGUUGGGUCGAUUGAUUUCAACUAUUCUGAGAGCGGCAAUCUGCUCAUCUACGCCUAUAUGACGCUUAAUAGUUUGCAGUCUCACUUUGUGACGUUUAGCCCAUUUGUGAAUGGUUCCGGUUAUCUCACUUCCGCAAGCGCUCCCAACGAUACGCUUGUUUCUUUCGAACCUUCAUGCUUAGAUCGCCAGAGUACUGAAGGGAGGGCUUCUGAUGUCGUUUUGGCCGACGGCGGAGGUUUAAAUCUUCUCACAGAUAACUAUAGGCUCGGCGAUAACUACUAUCAGAAGUUCGGUGGUUUGCAUCAACAAUGCGACAUCUACCGCGAAGACUCCUGCAAGUUUGCACCUUUCAUGACACCCAACACACAAAGUAAAGGUGGUGGCACACCAACCGUUACCUGGGAAUUGUACAUCGAUGGCUGCGACGCGACGUAUGUCGGCACGGCAUCUGUGGAGUCGCUACGGGCUUUACAAAAUCCUGACGGCACUGCAACCUUUAGGCUCACUGGUGAUACUACGUUGAGAGGAACUGUUUAUAUGAACCGACUCACUCCAGUUAGCUUAGAGUCCCCUGAGCAGGGGUUUGUGAUUAGCCAUAAGCCGCAUGAUGUCAAUGUCACCAUCCGCAGUACCAUUACUGUGCACACUAGUGAAGUAAAGGAGGCCGGUGAUGGUGCCGUACGUAUUGUCUCAGAUAUCCAGUACACCUUUGGCAAAGACAUCGUAACGAACGAAAGGCUCUAUGCGUACUCCGUUCACAUGUAUCCAAGGCGGAUGGUGGAUAACAGGAUGAUCAGCGUCGAUACACACGAUGUAUCAAUGCAAAGCUCAAGUCUUGUUUACUUCGAAUUUGCAUCGCCUAACGGGUUAGAGUGCACAGAGUGCACGGGAACCCGCAUGCGCUGCAAGGGUCUUGGUCUUGGCUUCGAAACUGAUUGCGGUACGGACGGCAUUGUCACUUUUGAAGCAUACAAUGCGGCUAAAUUUAGCUCCAGCGACUAUCCUAGGACCCGUGGUAAUCCCUACGUUUUUCCAAGAAUAAUCUCAGAUAUAGGUAGUUACUACGAACUAAUCUUUACCUUACGCGUUAAUGGCCGGAAUUCAUACAAUUCGGUUGAUGCGGCCCCUGUCGGCUCCUUUGUCAUUCAUGUAAGGUUAAGCAACGGCCAGGUCUUUAGUGUUAAGGUUGACCAAUCGGACUAUGUGAGUCUUAUUAACAACCACUAUCUACUCCCCCAAAUGUGUACAGCUAGUCCCUAUUGGCCAGUACCAGACGUGUUGGGGAGUUCAACACCUGCUAACCCCUUUAAACCUCUUUCUUUUGCCAACGACUCUGGUGUGGUAGUUAUGGAUGAUUAUAGCACACCAAAACAGCUAACAAAUGCUUCUAUGUGCCAUAUGGCUUCCAUCUACACGCAAAGCAGCAUUUACCCCUCUUCUCUUAGUGCUAUACUGCCUAAAGGCGCUAUGAGUGAAAGGGCAAGCUUGUGCGCUUACGAACAGGAGUAUAUAUUUGGUGUGAAGGAUUGGGUCUUUGUUACGAUUCCCUCCAUCAAGGAAAAGCAGGACGGUACCCUUGUCACCCCCAAGGCCUUCUUGAGUACUGCGUACACGGUCGCAGAGCUACAGUAUGUAUUCCUUAGGGUUCCCCUGAACGAAACUAUUGCGUCUGAAGCCUCUGACCUGAGGGAUAACGAGGACUUGAUCAUCCUACUAGAAGGAAGCGCCACGCCGGGCAACGAACUUUUUAAGGUUCAAGCUGAUGGGUAUCCAUUUGCGUCCCCCCAAAUGGGCCGGUACUAUUCGUGGAAGGAAGUAGCUCCAUUUCUGAAAUAUAGACAUUUGAGCUACAACGAGGGUGACUCUGGCGGCCAGACCGUGACGGUUCCCUUUAAUUUUGCCUUUUCACCCGGCCCCCUUUUGCAUCAUGGCAGCAGCAUGAACGUGCCCAUACAUCUCCAUGUGUCUGUUAAAUUCACAACAUUCGAAGGAAAUGCCGGUAACGCGAGGGUGAUCAAUGAGAUUGAGGACAAGCUUCUUUACAUUUUCCACGUUAGCCACGGUAUCUCAGCAGCAACGCAAUUCGACGCCCAAGCUUACAAGAUAGCCAUGAUAAAAUUGGAAGGGGCUCUUGGUCGGAGGAGUGCUACGGCACUAUUUAUUUUUCUUCUUAUUGCGGUCAUUGGCACUUUGUUAGCGUCGAUAUUCAUUGAAGCGAAAUUCAGGGGCAUCAUACACCGGUCUAAAUAUCACCCCAAGAACUCUGAAACUUCUGUGGGCGCUGGUUACAACAGCCGCGGUGAUCAUUCAAGUGAUAGCAACAACUUGGGUGCUGACCAAAAUGGCGCAACAAGUAUUUUAUCGCCUUGUGCGAGUGGCGGUCCUUUGGCCACUGAUGACAACAAAGGUUACUCGGCCCCUAUAAAAACCAAGUUUUGCAUCUUGGGCACCGAGCAGUAUCGUGUGGCUGACGAUGGCGACGAAAAAUUUAUACCAUCUUCUAGAAAUAUUCAGCAUAACGGACUCAAUAGAUUGGCUAUUAAUGAGGAGGAAAAACGAGUUCAAGACGAUGAGGUAGCCGAAUUUUGA